CAAAAUUCACUCGUUAUUACACAAAACAUCGGUCAUUUUACUAGCCUCAGUCUUUCCAUUAGUAUGAAAUUUGAUAUCACAACCUGUUCGUGAACAUUAAUGUUACCCGGAAUCAUUUAAUGCGACACGGGAUUAAUGGCUGCAGUCAAUGUUGGCAUCUCAUCUCAUUGUUUACAUUUCAAAGCGGUAUGUUUCCUGCGUUAGAAAUACUGACAUCGAAACGGGAUUAAACAUCACCCCAAUAUGAUGCUAAAUAUCUAAAAAUGUAUGUAAAAUAUUAACAUAUAGUCUGCAUCAAGCCGACAAGUUGCGAACUAGUCCUGAGCUAACAAUCGCUGCUUGCUUUAUCUUCUGUGUCGUUAUUUGCUUUACAAGAUGCCGAGUUAGUCCUUUUAUUAUUUCUCCUUCCUCCUGUGGGGAUGUCACGGAAAGACAAAUGGUUAUGAAAGUAUAGUGUCAGGUGAGCCAAUAGGCCAGACAAUCUUCCCGUCUGUGUCACAGGGUAAACAAUGUUUAGUGUCCCUCAAAGCUCCAAGUCCGAGUUCCUGGACAAAGCCAGACAGGCCAGAGAAGAAAGAAAGGGACAAAAAGAGAAGGAGAAAGCUGCAACCACCAUUCAAGCUCUGGUCAGGAGGUUCAUUUGUCGCUGCAGGCUCCAGAGAGAAAUAAGGAAAGAGGUUGAUGACUAUUUUCAAGCCAAUGAAACUGGAACAACCAAGAGGAAUGCGCUCUCCAUUUUCAAAAUUGCUCGGAAAUUACUGUUUAUAUACGGCCAAGAUGAUAAGACGAGAUUUGAGAAGCUCUGUCGUGCUAUUCUGGCCAGCAUGGAGGUGGAAAAUGAACCUAAAGUCUGGUACGUUUCAUUGGCUCUUUCCAAAGACCUCACCAUUCCCUGGCUCAAACAGAUCAAAGAUGUGUUGUGGACCUGCUGUCAACUUCUGAAAAAAUUAAAGCCAGACAUACUUCAAGACAACAAGUUAGUUACGCUCUACCUCACCAUGCUGGUGACCUUCACCGAUACGUCAACGUGGCGGAUUAUCAGAGGGAAAGGUGAAGCUCUCAGACCUGCUUUGACGAGGAUUUGUGAAAACAUCAUGGGCCACCUCAAUCAAAAGGGAUUCUAUUCCAUAUUGCAGAUUUUGCUGACCAAUGGCUUGGCUCGUACUAAACCAUCCCUCUCCAAAGGCACUCUGACAGCCAUCUUUACUUUGUCCCUGAGACCAGUCAUCGCUGCUCACUUCUCAGACAACCUGCUAAGACCAUUCCUCAUCCACAUCAUGUCAGUUCCUGCCAUUGUGUACCACCUUAAUGUUCUGACUCCAGAGUGCAUGGCAUCCAUUCAGACGCAUGAACUGCUGCGGAAGUUCAUUUUGUUUCUCAAUCGGGAGGAACAGUGUCUGGACAUUUGUGUGUGUCUUGAGGGCAGCCACACACUGUGCUUACUUGGCAACCUGAUUUACUUGGGUUACCUCAAUGAGAAAGUCACAGAGGAGGAGGCCAACCAUUUUGUGAAGGACCUGACUGACAUGCUMUCGUACUGCCAGAGAUACGUUUCACAGAAGAAAUCCAACCUAACCCACUGGCAUCCCGUCCUGGGCUGGUUCUCGCAAACUGUAGACUACGGUCUAAAUGAGUCGAUGCCACUGGUCACCAAACAGCUUCAGUACCUGUGGGGUGUGUCUGUAAUCCGAACGCUCUUCAGCGACGUCCUGUCUAAAAAGCUGGAGAGCCAGGAGCCCACUCCCCCACCCCCGCAACCAAGCACAUCCCAAAACAAUCUGCCAGUUAAAAAUCUCUUUAAGAGAGCUUUUCAAAAGUCCGCCUCAGUGCGAAACAUUCUGAAACCAGUCGGAGGGAAGCGAGUUGACUCAGCUGAAGUUCAGAAAGUGUGCAGCAUCUGUGUCCUCUACCAGACCGCUCUGUCCACACUGACGCAAAUACGCCUCCAGAUUCUCACUGGUUUGACACAUCUGGAUGARCUUUUGCCCAAACUGUGGGCCUUCAUCUGUGAGCUUGGACCUCAGGGGGGCCUCAAACUUUUCAUGGAGUGUCUGAACAACGAUACCGAAGAGUCCAAACAGCUUCUGGCUAUGCUCAUGCUCUUCUGUGACUGCUCACGUCACCUCAUCACAAUUCUGGAUGAUAUCGAAGUAUACGAAGAACAAACAUCCUUCAAGCUGGAGGAGCUCAUCACCAUCUCCUCUUUCCUGAACACGUUUGUGUACAAGAUGAUUUGGGAUGGCAUCCUGGAAAAUGCAAAAGGAGAUAAACUGGAGCUGUUCCACAGUGUUCACGGUUGGCUGAUGGUGCUUUACGAGCGAGACUGCAGGCGGAGGUUCACACCUGACGACCACUGGCUGCGCAAGGAUCUGAAGCCUAGUCUGCUGUUCCAAGAACUGGAGAAGGGCAAGAAACGAGCCCAGCUUUUACUGCAGUACAUCCCCCACGUUAUCCCUCAUAAAAACAGGGUGCUGCUGUUCAGAAACAUUGUCACGAAGGAAAAAGAAAGUUUAGGUUUGGUAGAAACGAGCUCGGCCUCGCCGCACGUCACCCACAUUACCAUUCGUCGUUCUCGGAUGCUGGAGGAUGGAUACGACCAGCUCCGCAGGUUACCAGUGAAUUCUAUUAAAGGUGUCAUUCGAGUGAAGUUUGUAAACGACCUCGGCGUCGACGAGGCUGGAAUCGAUCAGGAUGGUGUUUUUAAAGAGUUUCUAGAGGAAAUCAUUAAGAAAGUUUUCAAUCCUGCGCUUAAUCUGUUCAAGACGACAAGUGGAAAUGAAAGAUUAUAUCCUUCACCUACAUCCUACAUCCACGAGAAUCAUUUGCAGCUCUUUGAGUUUGUAGGAAAGAUGCUUGGGAAAGCUGUUUAUGAGGGAAUCGUUGUGGACGUUCCGUUUGCUUCCUUCUUCCUCAGCCAAGUCUUGGGCCACCAUCACAGCACUUUUUACAGCUCUAUUGAUGAGCUCCCUUCUCUGGACUCAGAGUUUUACAAAAACCUCACCUCCAUCAAGCGUUAUGAUGGAGAUGUGGGGGAUCUGGGGCUGACAUUGUCCUAUGAUGAAGAUGUUAUGGGACAGCUUGUCUGUCAUGAGUUGAUACCUGGAGGAAAAACGAUGCCCGUCACCAACGAGAACAAGAUCAGCUACAUCCAUCUGAUGGCUCACUUUCGGAUGCACACGCAGAUUAAAGAGCAAACGGCUGCUUUCAUUCGGGGUUUCCGCAGCAUCAUAAAUCCCGAGUGGCUGCACAUGUUUUCCACGCCCGAGGUCCAGCGGCUUAUCUCAGGAGAUAACGCUGAGAUUGAUCUAGAUGAUCUCAAGAAACACACCGUUUACUACGGAGGUUUCCACAGCAGUCAUCGUGUCAUCCUCUGGCUGUGGGACAUCCUGUCCAGUGACUUUAAUGCUGAGGAGAGGGCUAUGUUCCUGAAAUUUGUUACCAGCUGCUCCAGGCCGCCCCUUCUGGGUUUUGCUUACCUCAAACCACCUUUUUCCAUUCGCUGUGUGGAAGUUUCAGAUGAUCAGGACACCGGAGACACGCUCGGCAGCGUCCUCAGGGGCUUCUUCACCAUCCGAAAGAAGGAGCCCGGCGGUCGACUUCCUACUUCGUCCACGUGCUUCAACCUGCUCAAGCUGCCCAACUACAGCAAGAAGAGCAUCCUGCGUGACAAACUGCGCUACGCCAUCAGUAUGAACACGGGCUUCGAACUCUCCUAACUUCGUUGCAUUUGGACAAUCCGCACAGGAAAGCUUGUGGUAAAACCGAGAGAACCAACCAAGAGGCUCAGUUUGCCUGGACUGGUUAGCUCCAAUAAGAAAGACACUGAUAGUCUUCUUUUGCUUCUAAAGCUCUGACAGAGUGACAACUUCUUUCUCUCUCCAAUCAAGGAAACAACUCCUGUGAUCAUUAACUUGUAACAUGCCCCCCACUCCGCCUCUUCUUAUUUAAAGUGAAUAGAUCACAUAUUUGACUUGAUAAAGUACAGAUAUACAAUGGUUAGACCUCUUUCUCAGGCUUUAACAGAAUGAUCCUUGGAUCUAACGCCACCGUUUUAAGAGAACUGGAAAGCAAUACAGAUGCAACACAAGCCACUAGACACAAUACUGACACUCGGUUAAUCCUGUAUGGUGUAUUAAUAUACUGGAACAUUUGGAUUCCAUCAUCUGGGCAACUUUAAGCAAACAUUGAAUGAGUAUUCAAAUUUUUUUAAUGCAUCUAUGACUAACAGAAGAUUAUUUAACCUUUAUGAAGGAGAUUUAAUGAUCCUGUAACCCAUGAGAGACACCGGCCCUCUGAUUAUAAUCUGUUUGAGAAAUUCUCAUUGGCCUUGGUUACGCUGACAAAGUAAGAAAUGUUUUUAAAAAGURUGAACACGCUGUUGUUGGUUAUUAAGAUGAUGUCCUUGUUGUAGCAUCAGUUACCUUUAAGAGAAAAAAAAAACAGCAGAAGUGUUAUUUUUAAAUGUUUGAAUUCGCAGAGUAGCACAUAAUGAUCCAGCUCUGCUCAAUGACAAAAUCAUUCCGACGUCACCUCUGAUUUAACGCCGAGUGCCUCAUGUUCCACCAUCACUACGUGUGACCGUGUUCCAGCUCCAACCAAGAACGACACAUGAUGGAAACAAAAGCCAUAAAACUUGGGGCUCGUGGUCCUGGACUUCAUCUCGAACACGGCAAAGCGAUAACUCCACCACUGUACUAUCACCGCAACAACAACCAUAGAUGGUUUAAGUUGAUCUCUAUGUGGACUUUUCAAGCCAUGCAGAAAAACAAACGAACUUUGAGGUCUAAGUAACCUUUUUGAAAUGAUGUCAUGGACUGAUCGAUGGGACGGCGUUCCCUUGGAAAUAUUUCGCUUGUUUUUUUUUUUUGUGUGUGUGUGUGUGGUUUGCAGCAGUUUGGGAGAGGGGGGGCGAGAAGGUAAAUGUGACCUUAGAAGCCUCAAUUCUGAUUUUUACAGGGUUCAGAAUGUGAAAGUGACUUUUAUGAGGAAAAAGGACUGCAAUUUUUCCCUCAGAGAAAGUGAAAAUAGCAAAUCAUUAUCAAGUUCUUUAUUAUGCAAAAACAAGGGUUUUCCGUCAUGAAUGAGGAUGAAUACUUUUGUUAGUAACUAAUUUAUCUAGCUAUACAAUGACCACUAACUUGUGUGGAAACUUAAAAAAUGAUUUAUAAUGAAAAUGCUACCAUUACAUAUAAAUGAAUGAAUAACGCUGGAUGUUACCUCCUGUCUACUAAUAGUUUUUUUUUUCUAAUCUGACAAAUGAGAGGAGGCUCAGGCUGCAGUUUAGCACCUUUUCAGUCUUCACGAACAAAAAUUGAAAACACGGUGAAUGGAUUUCUUUUGACACACUACAGCAAGUAUGUAUUGUGCGGGAGUAUUGAGAGAUACCUCAGUUGCUUGUUUAUGUCUCCUAUGAACUCACUCAUGUUUUKAAAUGAUGUCAAGGAUGGACUGCUGACGCUGGCUUUGACUUUCCAAUCUUUUAGUACAAGAAACAAUAAAAAUCAARUUCAAAAUGCU